AUGUCGGUUUUAGAGGAUCUUCUGGCGAGCGGUGAGCAAGUGUUGCCGGAGGCCAAGGCCGCUGCCCAGCCCAGCCCUCGGAAGCCAGGAGAGGAUCCGGUGGCUGUACCGAGAGCCUCUGAUGGCGCUUGUAAGGAGAGAAGCGAGGAGCAGCCAGGUCAGCCAGCUGAGAGUAGGGACUUGGACCAUGAAGAGUGGGAAGUUGUUUCUGAGCACCUGGCCUGGGGGGAGGCUGGCAAGAAUGGCAGUGUGGAAGACUCCGACAGCAAGGAAUGGGAACAAGGAGACUGCCCUGAUGGGGACUUGAAAGCAAAGAGAGUUGCCGCUGUGCCCCCCAUGCUUCAAAAUAUCCACGUGACUUUCCGUGUGCACUACGUCACGCACUCUGAUGCUCAGCUGAUCGGUGUUACUGGUGACCACGAGUGUCUUGGCCAGUGGCACAGCUAUGUUCCCCUCAAGUACGACAAGGAUGGUUUCUGGUCUGAAUCCAUUAGUCUGCCAGUAGACACCAAAGUGGAGUGGAAAUUUAUCUUGGUGGAGAAUGGGAAGGUCAGACGUUGGGAAGAAUGCGGUAAUAGGACCCUAGUGACUGAACAUGAAGAUCAAAUUGCUCAUCAGUGGUGGGGAUACCAUUAA